GCGCAACAUUGAGCAAGGUCGUGGAAAAGUGUUACGAAAGCGUGCUGGGGAGCUGCUGUGUGUUCGGUGUAUAGCUGUCAGCUGUGUGUGAAAAGGAGCGGAAAGCAGCAGGAUCUGAUUGUGGUGUAAAGUAGUGACUGAAUAUUCAACAAAUCCCACCGAUAGGCCACCGAAAAAUCAUCCCGUUGAACGGACGAAUCCAUGGUUUUGGUGCACAAGUGAUUUCAAAGAGUAAGCCUGAGAAACAAUGCUGUAAACUGUAAAAAAAAAAAUGAAUUUCCCUACAGUGAUGCAAAGCGAGACGUCUUCGUUCGAUUGACGUUUGCGCGUUUUCAUGUGCGUUACUAAACAGAGAAAGAGAAGAGUGACGAAUCGCGUGUUACACACUCGAAGCGCAAACAUAGUGGAUGUUAGGUUAAAUAGUGUACCCUUUUUAGCGAGUAUAUUGACGUAGAAAUGAGAUGCAUCGCAAGUUUGUGUGAAAAUCUAGAUUGCCGGGUUCCGUCUAGUGUCGCCCAAUCAAUUUACGAUUCACCACCAUAAAAACACCAGUCAAGGGACUACUCGUCAAAUUUCCCUUGUACUACACACCAACACACACACACCGACAAACAACCGGCGACUGUCGGUGCUCUGGCAAGUGUUGUGAUCUCCAGUCGAUCAUCACCAGUCAGUGGGUAACCACAGCACAACAGCUGCACUGAGUGAUCGAUCGUCGUUGUUCUACUCGUCGCCGUCGUUGCCGUCGCCGUCACCGACGUCGUUCGUCACCUUCAGCAUCGGCAACAGCAUCUUUGUCGGUACAAGCCACUACAGCCGCUUAUCGCUACAGCUGUUUACGGUUCAGCUACAGUUUGAAGAAUAGCGAGAUAGUGACUGUUGUUGUGGUGACCAACAAGCCCAAUAAUCGGCGUUAGUUCAUCGUGGUCACUGGUCUCGCGUGAUACGGUCCUGAUCGGAAUGCAAAUAGCUGAGCCGUAAGCGAAGACACGGACCGGACCGAACCGGAGUGGUUGGUUGAACGAUUUUUCCCGGCAUUCAGCGAUCUCGUGCUGUCGAAAUUGUGAGGAUUAUGCAAUUGGUUCCCGGGAAGACCAAUUAAUUGUGUUGAGUGAAGUGCUAUUUAGGACAUAGGCUGGUUGAAGUGAUAAAGUUUUAAUUGUUUGGCGAGAGUGGGCAGUGGAAGAAAAUUAGUUGAAUUACACUUUUUCAUUAAGCCAAUUAACGAGCAGGGCCUUUUUGGAGUUGGUGGAACUCGGUGCGGGUAGUUCGGUAUCAUGUUGAACCAGAAGGCAGGAGCUGGCGAUAGCAAUGCAAAAGUGAAACCCGAAUACAAUGAGCUAUCAUAUCUCGUAACGAGACAAUGUCUUCACCAGGAGGAAUUCAAUCAGUUAUCGCAAUACGACAAAGGAACGACUCCACCAAUCGAAUCUCUCGUGAACUCUGUCCGGGACAUCAAGUGCCUCAACACACUACUCAACUUCAUCCCGAUCCUGCGAUGGCUGCCCAAAUAUUCGAUCAAGAAGGACCUGGUCGGGGAUCUCACGGCGGGCGUUACGGUCGCCGUCAUGCAAAUACCACAGGGAAUGGCGUACGGUCUGCUGGCCGGUGUACAGGCCAACGUCGGCCUCUAUAUGGCGUUUUUUCACUGUCUCGUGUAUGCAGUACUCGGCACCUCGCGGCACAUUUCAAUGGGUUCGUUUGCGGUCGUCAGCCUGAUGACGGCCAAGGUGGUUGCCAGCUAUGCGACAAUGUCUUCGGCGGUUACAAUAAAUGGAACUAGCUACGACCUUCCACCGAUUGAUCCUUCCGAGCCGCAGUACACUCCAAUCCAGGUGGUAACUGCGUUGUCCUUCGUUGUAGGUUGUUACCACCUUAUCAUGAGUCUCAUCCGCUUGGGGAUCCUUUCGGCGCUACUCAGCGAACCGUUGGUUAGCGGGUUCACGACGGCCGCUGCCAUCCAUGUACUCGUAAGUCAGAUGAAAGAUCUGCUCGGAGUAUCGAUUCCCCGAUAUAAGGGUGCCUUCAAGAACAUCCUGGCACUGCGAGACAUUGCCGGCGAGUUACCGAACAGCAAUCUUCCGACCGUGUAUACCUCAGUGAUUGUCAUACUGUUUAUGAUCUUUAUGAACGAGUACCUCAAACCGUGGUCGUCAACCAAGUGUAAGUUCCCGAUUCCUGCUGAACUAGUGGCAGUUGUCGGUGGAACGAUGGCUUCCUACUUUAUCCGUCUUGGACCGGAUUUUGCUGUAAAAUUGGUAGGCGAGAUUCCCGUUGGCUUGCCAGACCCGCAGAUGCCCCCUGUAGCACUGCUCAAACUAGUCGCCGUGGAUGCUAUUGCUAUUACCAUCGUAAGUUACUCGAUCGUCAUGUCCAUGGGGAUGAUCUUUGCUCAGAAGGAAGGCUACGAAGUCCGAGCUAAUCAGGAACUGAUUGCCAUGGGAACUAUCAACAUCGUGGGUUCAUUCUUCUCCUGCGUACCGACGGCUUGUUCACUAUCCCGAUCGUUGAUUCAGCAUCAAGCCGGUGGGAAGACUCAGAUCACGGCAGUUGUCUCAUCGAUGUUGAUUCUGAUUGUGCUGCUGUGGAUUGGGCCGUACUUUGAAACUCUGCCACGCUGCGUUCUGGCCUCGAUUAUCUUCGUUGCACUGAAAGGUAUGCUGUGGCAGGUUAAACACAUUAUGAAGUUCCAGCGAGAGGGUAGCCUGGAGCUGUUUGUGUGGCUGGUGACGUUCCUCAGUGUGACGAUAAUCGAUAUAGAUGUGGGUCUGCUGAUUGGUGUGAUCUUUUCGCUGGUCGCUCUGUACAUUAAGGGCUGGAAAUCUUACUACAGUUUGCAGGGGACGGUUCCAGAUACGGCAAUCUAUGUGGAUAUUGGAAGCCACCAUCGGGCUGAGGAGGUUCCGCACAUCAAGAUCUUCAAAUAUUCGGGAGCGAUAAACUUCGCCAGCAGGGCCACUUUCAAGAAAGCUUUGACCAAAGAAGUCGGCGUUAGUCAAAAGCUAGUUAAACGAGCAUCCCGGUACGAUGCUGCUGGCGAAGGAGCCGGUCUGCAGAUCAUCAAAACGGUAAUCAUUGAUCUGUCAAGUGUACCGCACAUUGACACCGCGGCCUGCAAAACGUUCAACGAGGUCAAGAAAGAAAUGAGUACGGUCGGUGUCAGUACGCUGAUUGCGAAUCCGGCGGAUUGCGUCUACGAGACGCUACUGCAUGCGGAGUCCAUCGGGGAAGGUGGAUUCCACAUCUUCCCGACGGUGCAUGACGCGGUUUUGUACGCGCAGGGCUCGGUGUCCGCUGUUUAGCAGGUGGAUCGAAUAGUUGCCAUUGGUGAUGAUGUGCCAAAGAAUCAGAAUUUACAAGCGAGGGAUUUGGAUAGUUUGAAUUGCAGCUGAAUAAAUAAUUCAGAUUCCACGUUUGCUGGAUUUUUGUUAUAGGAUGGGUAGUGUGAACAGAGAUUCGUCUGUACGACGGAAAGGAGCCUAUGUGCCUUUUACCUUUAUAAGAAGAUUAAAACAAUUGUAGCAUUACUAGCAAUUAACGAAAGCCUGUGGUGACACCAUUUGCAGCAAAAGUCCAAAUCUAUAAAAUUACGUGAUGCUGAAAUUAGGAGUGGGAAUGCUUAUAAAGCGUUGUAGCUAAGCGACAGGUCACGUACUUUUGCUCAACCUAGCAAUUUAGUACUUAAGCAAUCAAUAGAAAUACCGUAAACUACCACACAUAAGCUCACGAAGAGAAAUAUUAAUGUGUUAUCUCACGUAUGAACAUCUGGCCGGUUUCUUCACCCGCGCUUAACUCUUAAAUCAGGCUAACGUUCGUUAAACCUGGUUAAAAAUUUGAGCGGUAGUUAAGAAAUCGGCCCUUAGCUGCUAAGUUUAGAGUUGAAUCAGGUUAAUAGAAAAUACUUGCAGGUUAUUAUUGUUAUAUAUUUUUCUAGUUUUGUCGAAUAAAACGUAUUCUCAAACCUAUAGUUAGACGAACACGAACAAACCUAAAAUAUCGUAGCUCCAAUUAAUACACCGUCUUUGUACUGUAUGGCGACAAUAUUUAUUGUGAAUAAAUGCAACGUGUUUAAAAAUAA